AUGGAACCCUCGCCCAUAAACUUUUCUAGCCUCCUGAAUCAAGGCUCUCCAACCCAAUACUCAGAGAGCAGUGGCCAAAUCUCACCACCUACACCCCAAUCCCAGUUUCCCUUUGGAACAUCCAAUUUUCUGCAGAACUUCAAUCCUUUUGGUCCUCCAGGAAUCCACCCACCGUAUGGCCAUUCUCCUCCCAUAUUUCAAGGUGUUCAACAACAAGGGAGUUGGCUACAAGCUCCUCCACCUAGCUUUCAAGGAUUUCAUCUCCAUAAAAGUUUGGGUGCACCUGCAGCCAAUAGGCCUCCACCAGUUCUUCAAUCUGUCCAUUUAGGUGGAGCUGCAGCCAACACUUCUUCUCAUGGAUCCGAGUCUAGUUCUCGAUGCUCUGCACAACAAGAGAAGCAAUCAGUCAACAUUGAAGAUUUAAGUGAUAGCAGUGAAGAAGAAGAACCAAAGAGGCGUCAACGCAUCAAUUGGAGUGAAGAAGAAAAUGAGCGGCUUUUCAAUUCGUGGACACAUCACUCCACUGAUCCCGUAAUCGGCAUCGACAAGAAAUGUGAGUACUAUUGGAAAGCUGUAGCUACUGAGUUCAACGACAACGCGCCAAAAAAUAGCCAUAAGAUGUCAGUCAAACAAUUGAAGACACACUGGGGUGAUGUCAAGAGGGAUAUCACAAAGUUCAGUGGGGCUUAUGCUCGAGCUAUGAGUGCACGCAGCAGUGGGCAAUCUGAUGACAUGGUCCUGAAAACAGCCCAUGAGAUGUUCAAGGGAGGCAACAAGGGUAGGUCUUUCAUAUAUGAGUACCUGUGGAAAGUGGCCAAGGAGAUGCCCAAAUGGCGCAGAAUCAUCCAAGAGGAGAGCACAACAAAAAGGACCAAGCUAUCUAACUCAGGAGCGUACACUUCUUCAUCCAACCAAGACACAGAAGGGGAAACCAUGAGUAGAGAGACACCACUUCCUCAUUCUCUAGAAAAAAUGUCAACUGACUCAGAUGAUUCUAUUGAGUCUGAGCUUAAAGCACAGAUUGAGGCUGAGCUUGAGCAGGAGAUUGAAGCUGAAUAA